AUGCUUCUUUUGAUUCACAGCCAUAUCUGCGUUAAAAUUAAUUCUUGUUUUUAUCUUACGUUUUUAUACCUCUGUCCGGGAAUUUAUUUAGGCCUCAAAACAUCACUUCUUCCUGAUCCUUCCUCAGAUUCUCGAUCUGACUGCCCCGCCUACAUAUCAGAACAUAAUGUCCAAACUGAUCGGGCAUUCGAUGCUCUUUUUAGCUUGUUACCAGAUCUAAAGACAGACCAGUCUUUUGCGCCCUCUUUCCCGCCUCCAAGUUCGUCUCAAAAGCCACCUCCAGUGAUUGGAAUCAUUGAUCUAGACCUCAAAAAUCCGACAUCCUUGUCUAAAUCUUCCCAGCCUGAGUUAGCCAAAUCGACUACAGCUUCUGAAUCCAUGCAGUCGUCCGACAAUCCAGUAUUUUGGUCUACAUGCUCCUUAGCCGGCGCUUCUCAAACAGACAUUGUAGAGAGCUUCGAUUUUUCAUCCAAUCUGCAGGCUACAUUGUGCCCCCCAAGGCCUCCUUCUCCUGAAUUCAGUCAGCCCUUGGAACAUUCGGCAAUUUAUUCUGUCCAUCGUCUCUCAAAACCACAAAUCGACCUCAGACAGGGCUUACUAAAUUGGGCCGUCUUUGAGCAUUUGGAUGCCACUUAA